AUGUUGACCACUCUCUCCAACACAACUAAUCUCCCCGAACUUAAAUCCCUUCUGUUGAGUAUCCUCCACAAAUUGUCAAAGAAGUGGGAAGAUAAAAGAUCUUCCUGUGCAGUUGAUCAAGAGACGAAAGAGUAUUUUGAUCGAAAUAAUUUUCUCUCUACCAGAACCCUCGAGGAGUUGAAACUCAUGUUGCUACUUCUGAGCUUCGACGAAUUGCGCCCGAGGCAGGGCAACGUGGCCAAAGAGAGAAGACUUCAUAUUCAAAUUAAAGUGGUGACCGAAUUUUGGAAAGAGUUAAAAAUCCGCACAAGUGAAAAUAUUGGCGAUCUACCAAAACCCCUUCUUAUAUACCUCAGAGAUUGGCGAAUCAAGGCGAAAAAGGUCGAAAUCGAGGCAGAAAAUCUCCUAAAAAGUAUUAAAGGUGAAUGGGAUCGCCUUCAGAAAUAUUGCUCUAGUAAUUGA